UCGUCUGCACAAAAAAAAAAAUUAAAAUAAAGUAAACAUCAACUGCAACGCAAACAAAUCGAAAAAUAGUCGUGAUUGGUUAAAAUGAUGCGUCCAGAAGUAGUGGACAUAAUAUCAGCAUGUAGAUUAUGUUUGUCUAUGUCGCCAGACAAUUCAGAGAUAUUCCAAAACUUGAAACCUUCCAAAUCUCUUGCCUUCGCCUUACCUCAGCUAAUUUCUGGUUGUGUUGGUUUUGAGAUAAGUCAGUGUGAAGAACUGCCAUCAAAAAUAUGCAACAUGUGUCUUCAAGAAGUGAAUCGAUGGGCUGCUUUCCAGGCUAAAUGCCAAUCUAUCAAUGGAGUUUUGUCAAAAGUUGUGUACCAAAAGUGUACUCUCUUCACCAUUGAUUCAAAACUUAAGAUGAUUGAAAAUCCACACCCUAAAAGACUGCUACUUCCUAAAACAACUGCAGUAAGUGAUAUUUCAACUAUUAAUGUUCCCCAAGAAAAUGAUUUAAACCUGGUGUCAAGCUCAAAGAAAAAAUCAAAAUCAAAACAAAUUUUGGAUAAAGACUCCAACAGUACAACAAUCAAGCAUCAAAAACAUAAGGCAUUAAAAAUUAACAUCACCUCAAAAAGUGCUCCCUUGAAAGACGAUGAAGCAAAUAAUUUGGAGCCCAAGACUGGUGUCUUUUCAGAAGAUAGCAAACAGAGUACCUCAGGGGCCUCAAAAGAGAUAAAAGAAGCACAGUCCAAUGAGAUCGAUCAUCAAACCUUUGUUGACCUUACUACUCAAGGCCAACAGGAUGACAAGGAACAGGAAUUACACUCAGAUAACGGUGGCGAUUGUGAUAGUAAUGUUGAGAAUGAUGAUGAUAAUGUUGAUUACGAUGAUGGUGAUGAUGAUGAUAUUGACGAUGUUGAUGAUGGUGACGAUGAGGAUGAUGACAAUACUAGUUGUGUAAGUGAGAAGAGCAGUGAAGAUGGCAUUAUGAAUUCUUCUCUAGAUGAAGACUCAGAUGUACCAUUGGAGGUUGCACAGGAUGAUGAUUCGAAGCCAUGGCGCCUAAGAACUGUCAAGUGUCCAAAGUGUCCCAAAAUUUUUCCUAAACAUCAUGGUUUGAAAUUUCAUCUCAGAAGGAUACAUGGUUUGUUUACACUGUAUCCCUGUGCUGUUUGUGGUCAUACUUCUGUUUUGAGCAAGAAGCGAGAAAAGCAUAUAAUUAAGUCACAUGAGGACCUGCUAAAUACCAACGCAAAAUGUAUGUGUAAAGUUUGUGGUCUCAUACUCAAAUCCAGAGUUUCAUUAUGGCGUCACAAGAAAAAACAUAAGGAAGAUCGAUGCUGCAAAGUAUGUAAUACAAUGUUCAAGUCUCUGGAAGAAUUAGAUGUACAUUCAAAAACUUCACACCCAACAGACAUGACUGAAAACCCUCCACAAAAUGAAGGUGACUACAAAUUCAAAUGUCACCUUUGCGAAAAUAUUGCAUUUAGGAGUGAAAAAGAUUGGAGGGAACACUAUAUGCUGAUUCAUUUUACUCAAGCAGUCUAUGCUUGUGACCUGUGUGACAAAACAUAUCACACCAAAGAACACCUAGAAAUGCAUAAGCACACUCAUGCUGGAGAGAAACCGUACAUGUGUGAACUUUGUGCCUCGAGAUUUUCUGGGAAGUCAUCCUUAAAAAGUCACCUCCGGAAAAUUCACUCAGCCAGAGAAUAUGUGUGUAAAGUCUGCCAAAAGAAAUAUGGUUCAUAUGCAGGUCUUUAUUACCAUAAUAGGAUUCAACAUCUUGGUAUAGCCCCCUUUGUUUGUCAUGAAUGCGGAAAGAAAUUUAAAUCUACAAAUGGACUCUUAUUUCAUAUGAGGACCCACUCAGGUGAAAAACCCUACAGCUGUGAGCACUGUAGCUUUGCCUCAAGAUCAUUAGCUGGAUUGUAUGCCCAUCGUGUAACUCAUUCUGAUGAUAAACCAUUCAAAUGUGAUGAGUGUGAUAAAAGUUUUAAACUAAAAGGCUGGCUACAAGUGCAUAAAAAAACACAUGCUGGUGUAAAAAAAUUUGUCUGUGACAUUUGUAAAUUUUCUUUUAUUGCAAAUUAUCAGUUGAAGUCUCACAUGAAAGUUCACUCUGGCGAACGGCCCCAUAUUUGUGACAUAUGCUCAAAGUCUUUUGCUAGAAAGGACACUCUUACUGAGCAUAGGAGAACUCAUACUAAGGAAACAAAAUACACUUGUAAAACCUGCAACUUAGGUUUUAUGUUUUUGAAGCCAUUUAAGAAACACAAAUGCACUGCCAAUACCAGUAAUUCAAAUAAUUUAGAUUUGCAGAGAGUAGAUUUGUUAUUAGACAGCCUAGAGGAAGAGGAUGAGUAAUCUAUCAUGUAACACUCAACUAGUUAUUUAAGAUUCCUGCUAUUAACAUUUUUAAAAUAGUUUUUACAAAAUUAUUGGACAGGACCUGCUCUUGGUAUAAAAAAAAUCCUUGUUUCUUGUUAAAUUAUGAUUUAGCGGAUUUGGUGCUUUGCAUCAAGAUUCAGAGCUUGAAGACUGUUUACACUGUAUACAAAUCAGGAUAUUACUAUGUUUCUACUGUAAUUUUGUAUCCUGGAUAGUACCGUGACAGUAAAGCAGCUGACAGAUUAUGGUCAGCUUUACCGAGCCCCUGUAAACAAAUUUCAAUAAAAUUGUGAUAUUUCAGUA